AACUCCACACCAACAACAAGAACAGACCCUUGUUUCUAAGUUAUUUCCUUCUAACAAAAUCAGCUAUAAUUAAUCACUCUUUAACUCAAAUUAUUGAAUGUUAAAGUGUGCUUCUUCAUCUUAUAAAGACAUAGGCCUGCUUUAUGAGGGAGACAGAGAACAGUAAACAGGGUGGAAGAACAGAACAGGUGAGAGAGAGAGGAGUGACAGAGAGGGAGAGAUAGAGAUUUUUUUGACAACCUCAUCUAAAAAAUCCAGCUUGCUACUACUACUCUCUGAAGAAAAGAAUCCAGUUAGGUUCUCUGCACAGUGUUAGAUACAAAAAAAAAAAGAAAAGCUGCAUAAUUUUUUUUUUUAUUAUGACAAGACAGAGAAUUAAAGAAGUGAAAGACAAAUAAAGAGAGAGUAGUGAAAGAAAAGGAAAACUUGUUGUAGUACUACUACUGAGUGAGUCUGAGAGGGAAAAGAAAGAAAGAAUGACACUGUCUUCUGUGAGGGAGAGAGUUGCUAGUAUUUAAGAGUAUGGGUGUCUUAUAAUCUAUCCAGUUUGUGGAGUGGGCUUAUCUGUUUCAACUGGAAGCAGCAUUAAAAGGAUUUUACUACUGCAACUUUAUAUUUAUGACAGCCAAAAAUAUGCAGAAUUGAAGAUUGAUAGGAUUUUUUCCUGCUUUAUUUUUCCAGGUCGUAAGGAUAUAAUGAGCAGCAGGUGAGAGUCGUCUAUAUCUUCUAUUCAAACCCUCUUUGAUUUCUUAUUCUUUUUGUGAGAAAUGGGUGUCUUCUGUUGCUCUCUCUCUCUCUUUACAUAAAAAGCUGAACUUUGAGAUAGAGAAAAUUAAUGGUGGUAGUGCUAGUAUUUCCAGGUGGUCUAUUCAAUAGAGCAUAUGAUGUGGUUUGAGUGAGAGAGAUGGGUCUCUUAGUUAUUUGUGUAAAAAAGCUGCCUUUUGGUUGAAAGUUGGUCAGUAUCAUAAAGUUUAAGACUUUUUGUGGGUUGGGAUUAGAUUUCCUCUCUCAGCUUAAGAAUUAGUUAUUUUUACUAGAUCUUUGCUUUCUUAUUUAAGACACUACACUUCGGCUGUUUCUAUCUCUUUUGGUGUAACUUCUUUACACACUUCUUCUUCUUUCUUCUUCUUCUUUCUUCUUCUUCUUCUAAAUGGAUCAUUCAUCUCAAAAUAUCUAUGGAUACACAGAAGAAUGCAGCAGUAGUGAAUCAGGGUGGACUAUGUAUAUAGCUUCACCAGUGGAUAAUGAUGGUAGUAAUGUCACUACUGGUGAUGGUGGUGGUUAUCAUAGUGAUGAGCAUAGAAAUAUUAAGAAUAAGUUGAAGAACAACUAUGAUGAUAGCGAUGAUUCGAUGAAUUCCGAUGCGUCUUCCGGUCCAAAUCAUCGAUACAGCGUUGAUGGUGGUACUAGUCAUUACAAGAAAGACAAUGGUAAUAACAAGUUUUAUUCAUUCAAGAAGAAAACACCUACUAUGGAGAAGAAAAGAGAAGGGACUAAAGUUGAUAAGAAAAUUGAAGAACCAGUUAUGUUGUUUAAUCCUCCUGCUGCAUCUGUUCCUACUAGUACCACCAAGUCAAGAAAACUCAAGUGGUUUGGCAAAGGUAAAUAAAAAACAUGUCUAUUAUAUGUCUUCUUCCAAGUUUGAUUCUCUGAUAGUAGUAGUUUCUGUUCUUUUGUUCUUUAAAGGAUCAACAGUAGAUUAUAAAAGCUUCUUACCAAGUUUUUUAUUUGUUGUUGUUGUUGUAAUCUUCAAUAUAAUAGUCAGAUUAGAUAGAACAAGAAACUGUGUGGUCUCCAUUGUUUUUCUAUUGUGGGUGUGUAUGGGUAAUUAUGUUUUUACUU